CAAGUGCUGCAGAAGUUGCUGCGUCUUCUGCUGCUAGUAGAGCAAGUUCUAGGUCUGCAAGUGCUGUAGCAGUUGCUGCAGCUUCUGCUCCUGUUAACUCAUGGUCAAGUUCAUCAAGUGCUGCAGCAGUUCCUACGUUUUCUGCUGCUGGUAGCUCAAGAUCAAGGUCAUCAAAUGCUGCAGCAGGUGAGUCUUCUGCUGUGGGUAGUUCAAGUUCAAGUUCAACCUCUUCAGAUGAUGCAUCAAAUUCUGGAAGUUCAGAUUCACGAAAUUCGGGUACUUCGUCCAAUUCUGGAAGUUCAGGUUCAAGCAAUUCGGGUGCUUCAUCCAAUUCUAGAAGUUCAGGUUCUACCAAAUCGAUUGCUUCAUCAAUCGCUGUUGCUUUAUCUGCUGCUCACAGUACAGCCGUUGGAGCUCAGACAGAACCAGUAGCUGUUAUUUUGACUGGAGCUAGAUCAGCGGCCGCUUCUCAAUCAUCUGUGGCAUCUAGUGUAUCUGGAUGUUCCUCGAAACAAUGUUCUGCUGGUAAAGCAAUAUCAACUGGAAGCCAAACAGUAGUUGACGUAGCUCCACAAAUAACUAAUGCUGGAUCACCACAAACGGUAGCAGUAAUGUCAAGCAACAGCGGUAGUAGUGAUAGCGGGAGCGAUGAUACCAAUGAUAGUAACAGCAGUGACAGCGAUAGUAAUGGAAGCAACUCUAGCAAUGGUAGCGACGACAGUAAUAGUAGUGACGACAGCGAUAGUAGUGACGACAGUAAAGGGAGUAACUCUAGCAAUGGUAGUGACGACAGCGAUAGUAGUGACAGCAGUAACAGUGAUAGCAGCAAUAGCAGCGACGACAGCAAUAGUAGUGACAGCAGUAACAGUGAUAGCAGCAAUAGUAGCGACGACAGCGAUAGUAGUGACAGCAGUAACAGUGAUGACAGCAAUAGUAGCGACGACAGCGGUAGUAGUGACGACUCUUCCGACGACAGUGAUAAUAAUGGAAAUGGCAGCUCAUCAAGUAAACCUGGGUCAUCUUCCGUAGCAUCACCUGAGGCCGAACCAAGACCAUGUGGAACUCAAGGAAAGGGAAAUUGUAAUAGCAACAGCAGACAUAACAACAAAAGUGAUCGUAGUACCAGCGAUAGCAAUGGUAGCGACGACAGUAAUAGCGGUGAUGACAGCAAUAGUAGUGAUAGCAGUAACAGUGAUGACAGCAAUAGUAGCGAUAACAGUAAUGGAAGCAGCUCUAGCAAUGGUAGCGACGACAGCGAUAGUAGUGACGAUAAUUCCGGCAGCAGCGAUGACGAUGACAGCAGUGAUGAUAGCGGAAAUGGCAACUCAUCAAAUAAAUCUGGAUCCUCUUCCGUAGCAUCCCCUGAGGCCGAACCAAGACCAUGUGGAACUCAAGGAAAGGGCAAUUGUAAUAGCAAAAGUAGACAUAGCAACAAAAGUGAUCGUAGUAGCAGCGAUGGUAAUGGUAGCGAUGACAGUAAUAGCAGUGACGACAGCAAUAGUAGUGAUAGCAGUAACAGUGACAGCAAUAGUAGUGAUAACAGUAAUGGAAGUAACUCUAAAAAUGGUAGGGAUGACAGCGAUAGUAGUGACGACAGUAAUGGAAGUAACUCUAGCAAUGGUAGUGACGACAGCGAUAGUAGUGACAGCAGUAGCAGUGAUGACAGCGAUAGUAGUGACAGCAGUAGCAGUGAUGACAGCGAUAGUAGUGAUGACAGUAAUGGAAGUAACUCCAGCAAUGGUAGCGACGACAGCAAUAAUAGUGAUGACGAUUCUUCCGACAACAGUGAUGAUAACGGAAAAUCAUCAAGAACUCAAGGAAGAUCGAAAAGCAAUAGUGAUAGUAGUAGCGACGACAGCGAUAGUAGUAGCGACGACAGCGAUAGUAGUGACAGCAGUAACAGUGAUGACAGCAAUAGUAGUGAUAGCAGUAAUGGAAGCGACUCUAGCAAUGGUAGCGACGACAGUAAUAGCAGUGACGAAAGCGAUAGUAGUGACGACAGUAAUGGAAGUAACUCUAGCAAUGGUAGUGACGACAGUGAUAGUAGUGACGACUCUUCCAACAGCAGUAAUGACGAUGACAGCAGUGAUGAUAACGGUAAUGGCAGCUCAUCAAGUGAACCUGAAUCAUCUUCCGUAGCAUCACCUGAGACCGAACCAAGCCCAUGUGGAACUCAAGGAAAAGGCAAUUGUAAUAGCAAGAGUAGUCAUAACAACAAAAGUAAUCGAAGUAGCAGCAAAAGUAAUGGUAGCGACGACAGUAAUAGCAGUGACGACAGCGAUAGCAGUAAUGGAAGCAACUCUGGCAAUGGUAGUGACGACAGCGAUAGUAGUGACAGCAGUAGCAGUGAUGACAGCAAUAGUAGUGAUAGCAGUAAUGGAAGCGACUCUAGCAAUGAUAGCGACGACAGUAAUAGUAGUGACGACAGCGAUAGUAAAGACGACAAUAAUGGAAGUAACUCUAGCAAUGGUAGUGACGACAGCGAUAGUAGUGACGACUCUUCCAACAACAGUAAUGACGAUGACAGCAGUGAUGAUAACGGAAAUGGCAGCUCAUCAAGUGAAUCUGAAUCAUCUUCCGUGGCAGCGCCUGAGGCCGAACCAAGCUCAUGUGGAACUCAUGGAAAAUCUAAAGGCAAUUGUAAUAGCAAGAGUAGCAGCACAAGUAAUCGUAGUGGCGGCAACAGUAAUGAUGGAGACGACAAAAAUAGCAAUGACGACAGCGAUAGUAGUGAAAGUGAUAGUAGUGACAGCGAUAACAAAGAUGACAGCAAUAGUAGCGAUGACAGCAAUGGUAGUGACGACAGUAACGGAAGUGAUGACAAUAACGGAAGUGACAGCAGCAAUGGUGAUGGUGAUAGCAAUGGUAAUAGCGAUAGUAAUGGCGACGACGAUAGUGAUGAUAGUAACGGAAGUGAUGGUAGUGAUGACCAAAAAGAUAGUGGCAGUAAUAAAAGUUCUAGUUCUAGUAGAAACAGUAACAGAAAAAAUAAUUCGUCAAGGAAAUCUAAAGUGUCUCCUUUGGUAGCAGCAGGACCAGUAGCGGAAGCAGCACUGGCAGCACCAGCAGCACCAGCAGCACCAGUACCGAAAGCAGCACCAGUACCAGAAGCAGUACCAGUACCGGAAGCAGCACCAGUACCGGAAGCAGCACCAGUAGUACCAGUAGCUAAAGCAGAACCUCAACUUUCGGGUUCAGAUGGUUAUUUCGUGUCGGAAUCUAAAUCAUCCAAUGGCGACCAAACAGAAAAUAUAUAUGUUAUAGAAAUAGUGCCCAAGCCUACGGAACAGUCCUCGGAUAAGUAG